UGACAGUUGGCGACGGUUGGGCGCUCGCUCGCUCGGCCAUGGACGCCCGAGUCACGGCGCCGGGACCGUACCGGGCCACCAAACUGUGGAAUGAAAUGACUAAGCUUUUCAGGGCAGGAAUGCCUCUGAGGAAACAUAGACUGCACUUUAAAAGGUAUGGCAGCUGCUUCACUGCAUCCGAGGCAGUGGACUGGCUCCAUGAACUCCUAAGAAGCAACAGUAAUUUUGGACCAGAUGUGACACGACAACAGACUCUACAGCUAUUAAGGAAAUUCCUGAAGAACCAUGUAAUUGAGGAUAUAAAAGGCAGAUGGGGUUCAGAGAACGUGGAGGAUAACAGUCAGUUAUACAGAUUUCCCACUACAUCGCCGCUGAAAAUCAUUCCCAGCCAUCCUCCAUUCUAUAGAAAAAAUGCUACGCAAACUUACCCCAAGGACAAAGAUGGCUUUUUAAAAUUUUCUCGGAGAACACCAAAGAAAUAUGAAAGCCCACAGGUAUGUGAGGAAGAAUCAUGUAAGGAGAUGUCAGACUUAACUCCAGAAGGACAGUUACUUUACAUCCGAGAAGUUACACAGAGUGACCGAGAGGAAGCUUGGAGAGAGAUUGCAAUCAUUCACCUACAGAAAAUCUUGGGCCCGGCGUCAUUAGAGGAGGUUUUGGAUUUUUCGCAAGUCCUUCCGCAACACAUCACGUAUAAUGUACAAAACGUCAGCAAACAUGGGGUGGUCAUACUUCAAGAUAAAUCGGAUGACCUGCCUCAUUGGGUGUUGUCAGCCAUGAAGUGCUUGGCAAGCUGGCCAAGGAACAAUGACUCAUGCCAGCCAACCUAUCCUGGGUUUGAACGUGAUGUCUUCAAAACAGUGGCAGACUACUUUCUAACGCUCCCCGAGCCUCUGCUUACACUGCAAUACUAUGAGCUCUUUGUGAAUAUCCUAGUUUUGUGUGGCUACAUCAUGGUCUCAAAGCGACCUCAGGGAAAACGCAAAAACCUGGACGAACCCUGCUGCCCACAGCCGGCCAAAUCUCAGCACCUGAACAAUCACACCAACUUCUUCAAAUCCACAGAGUGCCUGCUCUUGAGCUUAGUUCGUAAAGACCUUUCUGAAGAAACACGACGGCUGCUGGAACCAGCGGAGGAAGAGGAGGAGGAGGAGAUGGAGUGUUCGCCCAAGCAAAGGGUGACACAAAAUCAUCGUAACCUCCAGAAAGGAUGCGCCAGGCAUUUAAACCAGCACGCUGUAGGCUGCAGGAAAACCCGUGUCAGUAAGCAGCUCUUGGGAGGGAGCUGUCAGAACCUGACUCAUUUGAAGGACUAUCAUAGUGAACUGUCUACGGUUCAGUCGAGGUACAGCUCAGUUAGCCAUAUUGCAGGACUCUCACAUGAUUGUUCCAGUGGGGAGAGAGUGGCAGAUCCCGCAGGCUGUGAGCGUAUGGAUGUGUCGGGACCUGGAGAUGACCAGCCCCACCAUCAGAACGUCCACCUGCUCACGUCCAGCAGGCUAAGAGCAGAGUCGAUGACUGAUCUUCGUUCAGAAGGUGAUGGGUCACCAAUGACCAUCUCCAGAUGUAAUUCGGCAUGGAUUCUGACGGAACACAACCACGAACCCUGCCGCGCCUGUCCAGAUUCCGGCUUGUUCAAUGGUCAGUUAACCAAGGCCAACACCCAAAAGGCUGACGUUGAUGGCCAGCGCUACCCAGGAUUGCAGUCCCAAAGACUGCAGCGUUAUUCCAAAGUGAACUCCAGCGGUUUAAAUAAAGCCGCUAACUCCAAACUGACCAGCGCUACUGGGAGCUUCUCUAGUAUUAAUGCUCCAGUUGCCAGAAACUCCAUGAAACCGUUUUGUUCAUCUGAAAUAGGUCUGAGAAGGCCGAGUGCUUUCUGUUUGGCUACCUCAGCACACAACAAGUGCUUUGCUUCUGAAGGCACCAAUGCAUCUCAGGAAAACAAAAGUGCUGUGGGUGGUUCUGAAAACCGUGCUCAUGCAACCGCUUACCUUUCAACAGGUGUAGGAAGCUUUAAUGGCACAAGUUUGCUUCAGCCUCACCUGGAGAAGGUUGCCAUCGAAGCCCUGCAGUUGUGCUGCCUCUUCCUGCCACCACACUAUCGCAGAAAACUGCAGCUGCUCCUGCGCAUGAUGGCUCGCAUCAGCCAGAACGUCGACAUGCCUCCACUCCACAGCACCGUGGGAACCAGAACCUUGAUGAUUCAAACAUUUUCCCGCUGUAUCUUGCGUUGUGAGAGGGAAGUUGACCUGGAUGAGCUGCUGGCCACCAGGCUAGUGUCCUUCCUCCUAGACCACCAUCAGGACAUCCUCGUGGUCCCGCUCUACCUCAGCAAUGCUGUGAGGGACCACAUCAGCCACCUCCAAAAAGCUCAGAUUAAAUAUCCUUGCACAAGUGACAUUGGCUCCGGGCCAACGUACACAUUCUGCCAACAAAUCAGCGUGAAGGAGUUUGAGGAGCAAAAGGUUUCUGCCUCCCAGGUGGCGAUAAGCGAGCUGCUGGAAAACAUUCUCAAAGACCAGCGCCUGCCAGUCAAGGACAAGAGGAAAAAGCUUAAACAAUUCCAAAAGGAAUACCCUGACAUCUACCAGCAGCGCUUCCCUGUGACUGACAGCGAGGCCGCAAUCUUCCAGGGCAAACCUAAGAUCAAGCCUGCCAUGUUGCUCACAAUGAAACGACCGCUCCAAAGCCUGCAGAACCUGAGGAGCUGAGGGAGCUCAGUGUCUCUGAAUGUUCACACCAAUUGCACACGUUCUCCCAACUGAAUGAAGUGAAGCGUUCAGACAAGUUUCUUUUCCAGCUGUUACUGUAGAGGUUGAGUUUACAUUAGACUGCUUGCUAAAUACAAUGGUGCUUAAAAGUCUCAGUACAUUUACUUAGCCCGCACAAGAAAAUAGUUCUCAUGCUGGGGAAAACGGUUAAGCUGCAAUAAAAUUACCUGACCUAGAAACUGGACCCUUGUGAAACUCCGCGUGUUGGAUAGUGUGAGCCUCUGGUUAAUACUCUUUGUGUAGAAAAGGCUAAAUAUGUCAUAUCUGAAGUGUGUAAAUAGGAACAGGAGCAAGUAGGUCAUUCAGCCACUUGAGCCUGUUCCACCAUCCUAUAAGAUCAUUAGCUGAUCUGUACCUCAAUUCCCCACCCUUGAGUUGGGGUAUCCCUUGAUAGUCCGACCUAACAAAUCCAAAACAGUCUUGAAAAUUUGAAUGGAUCCAGCAUCCACUAUUUUUAGGGGAGAGAGUUUCAGAUUCCCCACUACCCUUUGUAUGCAAAACUGCCUCCUGAUUUUACUCCUAAAUGGCCGAGCUCUAAUUUUAAGUCGGUGCCCCCUUGUUCUGGAUUUUCCCCACCAGAGGAAACGCAGAUGCCAUUUAUGAUCUUCUAAAUAUUCCUUUUCUCAAAACUAGUUUCCUUAUAUUUUGGUUAACCUUAUUAUGAUUGGAGGAUGGUGGGAGGAAUUUCCUUUAAUACUUGUCAGCUGUGACAAGUGAGUUGAAGGUUCCACAUGAGAAGCCUCCACACUGUGUGUGUGUGUGUGUGUGUGUGUGUGUUUCUAUAUUCUUUACAUGGGUGUCUGUGCCUAUAGUGUCCAGAUUGAAGUGGCUGUUUUGUAUGCACGGUUUGUAUAACAUGCAGAGCAAGGAGCUGAAGGCAAAUCGUCUGCUUUUAGAUGCGAAUAGCACUGUUUUAUUUGUUCAUUUGUGCUUAACUCUGUCAGAGCUGGACCUUGCUCGACAACAAUGCACACAAUCUGUUAUUCGAUUGUGUGAAUUCUUGUAUUAUUUAUACUCUCUAGUUAUUCUGUGUCUCACAGAAUAUCUUUAUCACUAACACAGUACUGUAUAUUCUUAGAUUAAAUUAGAAUCAACAUUUAAUAGUAAUUACUAUGACAACCAUAAGGGCCAAAGAAGGGAAUGUUUCUGUGCCAGAAUUGGUUAAAAAAAUGUAAAAUUAGUGUAUUAUGUAGUGAAGUCCUUUUAAUAUGUAUUUUAAAAAAUCAGAACUUAUUGCACUUAUCUAUUUGCCUUGCACAUUAAAUCAUACAAUUAGUGUGCCUUACUCCCGGGUGGGUGAAUUAGCUUUUUUUNCACUUUAAGCUAGUAAGGGAGCACUCACUUCCUGUGGAGUUCAGAUUGUUAACGUGCCAAAGGAUUCCAGUACCCAGAGCCGCUUGAGUAAGAGUGUCGUGCCUCCACGCUUUUCAGAGGAGAAAUAAUUGUUGUUGCCUCCAUUCUGCUGGCUUUCAAUUAAGUACUCAAACCAACUGUAUUCACCUGUGUGAACUCCAUACCGUGUAUAAAAUAAAUAUGUUUUGUUUCGCCUCUU